AUGGCGUCCUCUCAGUCUCAACAGCCAUCUGACCAUAAUGCAUCUGCUGCAUCUGCAUCUGCCGUAGAAGGCACGGCACCUAUGGGAAGCGCAUCAGGAGGCAUAGCAGCACCGAUGGGAAGCGUAGCAACAGCACCCGUGGGGGGGGCCAUAGCUGCAGCACCCAUAGGCAUAGCAGCAGCACCCAUAAGCAUAGCAGGCUCCUCUGCAUGGCGCCUGCCUCAGAGUGCAUUUUCUCUCCACCUGGCCUCUUCCAGUCAUCCUGAGCCUCCUGUUCUGGUUCGACUCCCACCCUCAGCCAUGGCGAUGGGAAUUGAUAGCCACCUCACCACGCCUUCCCACGCACCUCUGAGUGGCUCCUCCCCUUCCCUCAUCGAGCUCCUCCCCUCGUCGCGCCUCUGCUCGCCUCGCCGCGCCUCCGCUCGCCGCGACAAGCCUCCGCUCGCCAUGCCGCGCCUCCGCUCGCCGCGCCGGGCCUCCGCUCGCUGCGCCGCGCCUCCGAUCGCCGCGCCUCCCCUGCCAUCAGCGUGCCAGCACCCUCGUCACGCUGCCCCCCCUUGCACCUCCACUCCCGCUGCCCUUCUCCCACCUGCCCAUCCCUUGCCCUUGCUUCCCUGCCCCUUCCAUUCGUUCUUGUUACCUUCCCCUUAUUUUUCCCUCUUCUUCCCCUCCCUCACUCCCGUCUGCUUCCCCUCAUUCCCCCCUCUCUUCUUCCCCUCAUUUACUCCCCUGCUUGCUCUCGUUCUCCCCUCUUCUUCCCCUCAUUUACUCCCCUGCUUGCUCUCGUUCUCCCCUCUUCUCCCCUCAUUUACUCCCCUGCUUGCUCUCGUUCUCCCCUCUUCUUUCCCCUCAUUUACUCCCCUGCUUGCUCUCGUUCUCCCCUCUUAUUCCCCUCAUUUACUCCCCUGCUUGCUCUCGUUCUUCCCUCUUCUUCCCCUCAUUUCCUCCCCUGCUUGCUCUCGUUCUCCCCUCUUCUUCCCCUCAUUUCCUCCCCUGCUUGCUCUCGUUCUCCCUCUUCUCUUCCCCUCAUUUACUCCCCUGCUUGCUCUCGUUCUCCCCUCUUCUUCCCCUCAUUUACUCCCCUGCUUGCUCUCGUUCUCCCCUCUUCUUCCCUUCAUUUCCUCCCCUGCUUGCUCUCGUUCUCCCCUCUUCCCCUCAUUUACUCCCCUGCUUGCUCUCGUUCUCCCCUCUUCUUCCCCUCAUUUCCUCCCCUGCUUGCUCUCGUUCUCCCCUCUUCUUCCCCUCAUUUCCUCCCCUGCUUGCUCUCGUUCUCCCCUCUUCUCCCCUCAUUUCCUCCCCUGCUUGCUCUCGUUCUCCCCUCUUCUUCCCCUCAUUUACUCCCCUGCUUGCUCUCGUUCUCCCCUCUUCUUCCCCUCAUUUACUCCCCUGCUUGCUCUCGUUCUCCCCUCUUCUUCCCCAUCAUUUCCUCCCCUGCUUGCUCUCGUUCUCCCCUCUUCUUCCCCUCAUUUCCUCCCCUGCUUGCUCUCGUUCUCCCCUCUUCUUCCCCUCAUUUACUCCCCUGCUUGCUCUCUCCCCUUCUCCCCUCUUCUUCCCCUCAUUUACUCCCCUGCUUGCUCUCGUUCUCCCCCCUCUUCUUCCCCUCAUUUCCUCCCCUGCUUGCUCUCGUUCUCCCCUCUUCUUCCCUCAUUUACUCCCCUGCUUGCUCUCGUUCUCCCCUCUUCUUCCCCUCAUUUCCUCCCCUGCUUGCUCUCGUUCUCCCCUCUUCUUCCCCUCAUUUCCUCCCCUGCUUGCUCUCGUUCUCCCCUCUUCUUCCCCUCAUUUCCUCCCUGCUUGCUCUCGUUCUCCCCUCUUCUUCCCCUCAUUUACUCCCCUGCUUGCUCUCGUUCUCCCCUCUUCUUCCCCUCAUUUCCUCCCCUGCUUGCUCUCGUUCUCCCCUCUUCUUCCCCUCAUUUACUCCCCUGCUUGCUCUCGUUCUCCCCUCUUCUUCCCCUCAUUUACUCCCUGCUUGCUCUCGUUCUCCCCCCCUCUUCUUCCCUUCAUUUCCUCCCCUGCUUGCUCUCGUUCUCCCCUCUUCUUCCCCUCAUUUACUCCCCUGCUUGCUCUCGUUCUCCCCUCUUCUUCCCUCAUUUCCUCCCCUGCUUGCUCUCUCGUUCUCCCCUCUUCUUCCCCUCAUUUCCUCAUUUCCUCCCCUGCUUGCUCUCGUUCUCCCCUCUUCUUCCCCUCAUUUCCUCCCCUGCUUGCUCUCGUUCUCCCCUCUUCUUCCCCUCAUUUACUCCCCUGCUUGCUCUCGUUCUCCCCUCUUCUCCCCUCUCUUCCCCUCAUUUACUCCCCUGCUUGCUCUCGUUCUCCCCUCUUCUUCCCCUCAUUUCCUCCCCUGCUUGCUCUCGUUCUCCCCUCUUCUUCCCCUCAUUUCCUCCCCUGCUUGCUCUCGUUCUCCCCCUCUUCUUCCCCUCAUUUACUCCCCUGCUUGCUCUCGUUCUCCCCUCUUCUUCCCCUCAUUUACUCCCCUGCUUGCUCUCGUUCUCCCCUCUUCUUCCCCUCAUUUCCUCCUCCUCCCCUGCUUGCUCUCGUUCUCCCUCUUCUUCUUCCCCUCAUUUACUCCCCCUGCUCCCCUGCUUCCUCGUUCUCCCCUCUUCUUCCCCUCAUUUACUCCCCUGCUUGCUCUCGUUCUCCCCUCUUCUUCCCCUCAUUUCCUCCCCUGCUUGCUCUCGUUCUCCCCUCUUCUUCCCCUCAUUUCCUCCCCUGCUUGCUCUCGUUCUCCCCUCUUCUUCCCCUCAUUUACUCCCCUGCUUGCUCUCGUUCUCCCCUCUUCUUCCCCUCAUUUCCUCCCCUGCUUGCUCUCGUUCUCCCCUCUUCUUCCCCUCAUUUACUCCCCUGCUUGCUCUCGUUCUCCCCUCUUCUUCCCCUCAUUUACUCCCCUGCUUGCUCUCGUUCUCCCCUCUUCUUCCCCUCAUUUCAUUUCCUCCCCUGCUUGCUCUCGUUCUCCCCUCUUCUUCCCCUCAUUUCCUCCCCUGCUUGCUCUCGUUCUCCCCUCUUCUUCCCCUCAUUUCCUCCCCUGCUUGCUCUCGUUCUCCCCUCUUCUUCCCCUCAUUUACUCCCCUGCUUGCUCUCGUUCUCUCCCUCUUCUUCCCUCAUUUCCUCCCCUGCUUGCUCUCGUUCUCCCCCUCUUCUUCUUCUUCCCCUCAUUUCCUCCCCUGCUUGCUCUCGUUCUCCCCUCUUCUUCCCCUCAUUUACUCCCCUCCCUGCUUGCUCUCGUUCUCCCCUCUUCUUCCCCUCAUUUACUCCCCUGCUUGCUCUCGUUCUCCCCUCUUCUUCCCCUCAUUUCCUCCCCUGCUUGCUCCGUUCUCUCUCUCCCCUCUUCUUCCCCUCAUUUACUCCCCUGCUUGCUCUCGUUCUCCCCCUCUUCUUCCCCUCAUUUACUCCCCUGCUUGCUCUCGUUCUCCCCUCUUCUUCCCCUCAUUUACCUCCCCUGCUUGCUCUCGUUCUCCCCUCUUCUUCCCCUCAUUUACUCCCCUGCUUGCUCUCGUUCUCCCCUCUUCUUCCCCUCAUUUCCUCCCCUGCUUGCUCUCGUUUCUCCCCUCUUCUUCCCCUCAUUUCCUCCCCUGCUUGCUCUCGUUCUCCCCUCUGCUUCCCCUAAUCUCUCCUCCCCCUCCUUCCCCUCAUUUUCCCCACUCUCGCACCUCAUCUUCCCCCCUGCUUCUCUCAAUUCCCCCUCUGUUUUUCCCCUCGUUUCCCCCCCUGCUUCCCCUCGUUUCCCCCUCUUCUUCCCCUCGUUUUAUCUCCCUAUCUCCCUGCCCUGCUUCUCCUUUCCCUCGUUUCCCUCUCCCCUUAUCCCCUAUCUUCCCUCUUCCCCACCCUCCUUCCUUUGGUAUUGUCUUCUUUCCCUCUCACCCUCUUCCUAUCUCCUCCUUUCCCUCACCCCCCUUCUUCCUAUCCUCUUUCCCUCUCAUGUCUUCAUAUUUCCCCCUUUCUCUUCCCCCUUGCUUCCUCUUCCCCCCUCUUCGCUGUCCCCCCUACCUCCCCCCUUCUCAUCUCUAUCUGUUUGACUUUCUUUAUUGUUCCCCCUCCCAAUCCCUCGUAUUCUCUCCCCUCCCUGGCUGUGGCAGUUGCUACACUGAAGAUUUUUCUGGUACUUCAACUUGCCUCAGCCCAUCAUCUUAUGCCAUGCCAUGCUCGUAG